AUGAUGGGGGACACGAGGGGGUGGAGAGCUCUGCACGGAGGGCUCCCCACCCCCUACCGGCCCAGGACUCUGCCUCCCAGGCCUCCCACCCGGGUGCAGCCAGCCGGCAGGCAUCCUGGACAGCGUGGCGUGGCGGGCCUCCUCCUGCAGCGGUCCCAGGCGGGACUGGGGGCCGUGCAGGCGAGCAGCCAGGCGGUGGCCACCCUGUGGGGCUGGAGUCAGGCGCUGACCCAGCACCUGUCACUCCUCCUGGAGCAGCUGCAGGACGAGCUGGACAGGGCCCUGGCCACGCUGAAGGACGCCUACUUGGAGGUGAUGCUGAGGCCCCUGGACGAGGUGUGGCAGGAGCGGGCCAAGGAGGCCCAUCGGGGCGGCCCUGGGGGCCAAGAAGGAUGUCCUGCAGCUGGUGAGGUGCAGGGACAGGUGGGACGCAGCCAGCCAGGUGAGGACGGGCCCUGACAGCUCUCACUGCCCCUCCCGCUGCAGGCUGCCCUCCACGUGCUGUCUUGGGCUGAAGCCAGGUUGUCAGUUGUCUCGGGCACUGUGGAGGCUCUGCAAGCCCCUGCUGGGCCUGUACCGCCUCUCGGCCAGGUGACUCGGGACUGAUGUGUUACCUGCUCCUGCCCCCCGCCCGGGUGCUGAGCACUCUCACGCCCCUGAGGCCACACAGGCAGUUUCUUCCUGCAUUUUACAGAUGAGGAAACCGAGGCUCAUUGUCCAUGCAGGCCCUGUUCAGGAGCCGCAGAGAGCAGUGAAGAGACAGAGCUCUGCCCCAUGAAGCUCAUGUUUCGCUGGGGUGGGGGAUGGGACAGGCGUCAGCCAGCCACACUGGGUUGGCAAGCCUUCCAACAGCGGUCUGAUCGUAAACGUUUUCGGUUUGGCAGGGGAUCCAGCUCUGCCUCUAACUAAGGCCACCCUGGAUUGGCUCCCUGUGCCUCAGUUUACC